GCAGCGUGUUCUAACUCAGAGAACAACAGACAGUGACAAAAGACCAGGGACGCAGUCAGAAAUAAAAGAGACCACGCAAAGAAUUCAACAGGAUAUAAACCUGAUCUCAGCUGAAAGGUUCCAUCACAGGUCCUCUGAUCCAUCAGAAAGAAAGAAAGAAAGAAAGAAAGAAAGAAAGAAAGAAAGAAAGAAAGAAAGAAAGAAAGAAAGAAAGAAAGAAAGAAAGAAAGAAAGAAAGAAAGAAAGAGAACAACUCCUGAAGGACCAAGAGAGUGAUCCAGUCUGAGACCCAGGUGAUCCAUCCACCUGUCCUCCAGAAUGUGGCUCCAGGUAGCCUUGGGUCUGUCCUACCUGGUUCUGAGCUCCCAGAGCCAGGACAGAGCCUCCCUGAGACGCUCCAAUGACCACACGGGGCGCUGUCAGUACACCUUCACCGUGGACAACCCUGCCGAGGCAAGCUGCUCCGGGACCAGCGGAGGACCAGAUAUGGAGGUGGUGAAAUCUCGUCUCACCCUGCUAGAGGCCCUGGUCAGCAGGCUGCUGGGGGGCAAGGGAGCAGGGGGAGAGGGUCCAGGGGGUGGGGGAGACAAGACCAUCCAGGAAGCGUACUCCCAGGCCAUGAGAGAUAAGAGCCAGCUGCAGGGGGACAAGGAGCAGCUGAACAGGCAGGUGCAGGGGCUCCAGAGGAGGGUGGACGAACUGAGUGCGGCGGCUGAGACACUACGACAGAGACCAUGCCACCAGCACCAAGCCGCUGGAGCAGGACUCCCACUUCACGAGCUCAACCAGAGACCAGCCAGCGACUCUCUCUAUCAGGAGAUGAAGGCAGAGGUGACUGAGGUCCCAGCAUCACGUCUCAUUCAAGACGCUGGAAAGAACCACACAGGCUGUGGUGAGCUGGUGUCUGUGGGAGAGCCCGUCCUGCACCGAAAGGCUGACAGCAUCACAGGGAAGUACGGGGUGUGGCUGCAGGACCCUGAGCCCAUGGCCUCUCCAUACGGAAACAAGACGGUGUGGCGCAUCGACACAGUGGGCACGGACGUCCGCCAGCUGUUCGCCUAUGAGGACAUGGAGCAGUUUGCCAAGGGCUUCCCCAUGAAGGUUAUGGUGCUGCCUGAGCCCGUGGAGAGCACAGGGGCCACCCUGUACCGUGGUUCCCUCUACUACCAGCGCCGACGCAGCCGCACCCUGCUCCGCUACGACCUUGCCUACGAGAGCCUGGCGGCACGCCUGGACCUCCCCCACGCUGGCUUCCACGGCCAGCACCCCUACUCCUGGGGUGGCUACACAGACAUCGACCUGGCGGUGGACGAGCAGGGCCUGUGGGCCAUCUACAGCACCAGCAAGGCCAAGGGAGCCAUCGUGGUGUCCCAGCUGGACCCUGAGAGCCUGGAGGUGAAGAGGAGCUGGGAGACCAACAUCAGGAAGAACACAGUGGCUAACUCCUUCAUGAUUUGCGGUCGGCUCUACACGGUGGCCAGCUACACGGCCCCAGACACCACCGUAAACCAUGUGUUCGACACGGCCACCAGCCAGGGCAGAGGCAUGGCGGUGCCCUUUAAGAACCACUACCGCUACAACAGCAUGGUGGACUACAACCAUGCCCAGAGGAAGCUCUAUGCCUGGGACAACUUCCACAUGAUCACCUACGACGUCAGCUUGGGGAGACCCAGCAGAAGCAGCCAAUAAGAGGAGGCUGGGCAGAGAUGAUGGACUGGUGUGGCGUGAACUCAUAUGCUGUUACUAGAAUAUUAUCAACCAACAACAUUACUAACAGUUUUAUAAUCAGAUCACAGCGAGGCCUGUUGCUACUCUGUCUACUACAAUGCAUUUUUUUUCUACUAAUGUAAAUAAGUGAAUGAAUGAAUGAAUCUUACAAUAAAAUUAAUGGCAGGAGAUUCACUAAGGUGGAACUCCAUGUAAACAGAGAUAUUGUAUUAUAUACGAUGUAUUUUACUUAUUUUAAUUUAAAAAUGUACUGUACUGUCCAUGUUGAGUCUAUAUUCAAGUUGUAUCUUCACUAUUGUGUAUUAUAUGGGCUCCAAUUACCAUUUGUAUGUAAUUUUAUCUCUCAAUAAAUAUUAAAAUGAUAGAGAUCCCUAAA